AGCUUGAGCCGGAGCUCCGAGCUGGUGGUCCCUGAGCAGCCUCCCAGCAGGGAGAAGCCCUUCAGGUGCUUGGAAUGUGGGAAGAGCUUCAGGGAGAGCUCCAAGCUCCUCAGGCACCAGCUCAUCCACACUGGGGAACGGCCCUACACAUGUAGGGAAUGUGGGAAGAGCUUCAGGUACAGCUCCAGCCUCCGCACCCACACUGGGGAAUGGCCCUGCAAGUGCAGGGAAUGUGGGAAGAGCUUCACUGAUAGAUGCAGCCUGAUCCAACACCAGUGCAUCCACACUGGGGAACGGCCCUACAAGUGCUUGCAAUGUGGUAAGAGGUUUCAGCGCAGCUCAACUCUCAUCAGGCAUGGGCAGGCACACACAGAUGAGAGGCCCUUCCGCUGUACCGACUGCGGGAAGGGCUUCAACCGGAACUUCACCCUCAUCAGGCACCGGCGCAUCCACACCGGGGAGAGGCCCUACAAGUGUGGGGAGUGUGGGAAGAGCUUCAGCCAGAGAGGUAACUUGAUCUCCCACCAACGGACACACCG